AAGAUGGCGUCGCGGUCGUCGUCGGUGGCCGGAGCGCUGGCAGCGGCGGUGGAGCGGCUGGAAGUGAAGGGAGGGAUGCGGCGGGCGAAAGGCGGCAGCGCGUAGCGGGUGGCUCCCGGCCUGCGGGAGACAGAGCGAGACCGAGAGAGAGACUGUCGCGGGGAGGCGGCCGUUCCCCCCCGCUCCGUCCCCCCCGUCCUUCCCCGCCCGCCCCUCGCAGGAGCCCCGGCGGAUCCUUCCCGGCGCCGCCACCCUGCCCGCCCCCGCCCUCUAGGCCGCGGGCCUCGCUGUCCUCCGGCCUGUCCCCCCCUCCCCUUCCCCAGCCGCCCCCUCGGAGCGGAGGAUGAUGAAGCUCAAGUCCAACCAGACGCGCACCUACGACGGGGACGGCUACAAGAAGCGGGCGGCCUGCCUGUGCUUCCGCAGCGAGAGCGAGGAGGAGGUGCUGCUAGUGAGCAGUAGUCGCCACCCUGACCGAUGGAUUGUCCCUGGGGGCGGCAUGGAGCCCGAGGAGGAGCCCAGCGUGGCUGCUGUGCGGGAAGUCUGUGAAGAGGCUGGAGUGAAAGGGACACUGGGAAGAUUAGUGGGGAUUUUUGAGAACCGGGACAGGAAGCACAGGACCUAUGUUUACGUUCUCAUCGUCACGGAGGUGUUGGAGGACUGGGAGGACUCUGUCAACAUCGGAAGGAAAAGGGAAUGGUUUAAGAUCGAAGAUGCCAUCAGGGUUCUGCAGUAUCACAAACCAGUGCAGGCCUCCUACUUCGAGACCUUGAGGCAAGGCUGCCUGGCAAACAACGGCACCCCCGUGGUGAGCAGCUCCUACUCAGGGAGCUCCGUGGCUGACAUCAGAUGACUGAAGGUGCCCCUGGGAGAGAAACUGCACACCAGACUGACACAGAUUGUCCCCUCCCCUCCCUUUCACACGCCUGCUCUCCAGCUAGGCAGCAGCCUGUGGCAGUGAGUGGUGAGAGUGCUGCCCCUGGGUGCAAGGUGGGGUCUGGGCUUUGGGGGGUUGGCUUUUUUUUUUUUUUUUUUGCUUUUUUUUUCCUUUUUUUUGGACAUGUUUUGUAAAAUAAAUUGUGUGCAUGAAGUGCCCCUGCCCCUCCCACUGCUUCACAGGCUGGCCAGCCAGGCUGCAGCUCCACCUCUGCCUUGUGUUCUGAAGUGUCCCCUUUGUGUCAUCCCAGCCAGGGCCACUUUUUGGUUCUUUGAGGUUGUUUUUUUGUUGCUGUUUUGGGUUUUUUUCUUUCUUUUUUAUUAAAAUACUUCCAAUGUGAGAUCAGCUCCUCAAGUCUUAGUCUGUACUGUAAGGUGCUGCUCAGACCCCCGUGAGGGCUGCUUUCAGCACAGCUGUAUAAAGUUGUUUUUAGGUGGAGAUUCUAACAUUUUAACUCUGCAGGAGUUUUUGGUUUUUAACCUUGCUCUGCUUCUGAUCAGAAGAGUUCUGAGCUAAUCUGUUUGCCUUCUGUUGUGUUUGAUACACCACACACCUGGGGCAGUGCGAGUGGCUGGGCCAGUUUGCUCCCUCUGCAGUAUCUCCCCGCCUAGGGCAGUGACACUCGGAGGUCGAGAGCAGGCUGGCGGCGUCCCUGCUGCUCCCUCCCUGCUGCUGCAGCCUCGCCAACGUUCCUGCGUUUGCACCACACGGAAGGACACCGGAGCUGGACUGUGUAACACGGCCAAAACCAGAAGGAAAUGGGACAGAGGAACUGACUUCGUCUGUGGUGGGGGUCAGGGAGCCAGAGCCUGGCAGACUGGAGUGGCCACCCCGCGGCAGCUGUGCUGUGCUGCUGUCCCCUCCUGCCCACUUGCCUUACGCUGCCCAGACGCAGCCUCGGAGUCUCCUGGGGGCAGCUGCACCAGCCCUGGGCUGCAUCUGCCCUGGGGAUCCCUGAACAGGAGCCCUGGGGGGAAACCCUCAGGUGUUCAACCUCUUGUCCUGUGGUUCCGCAGCACUUAGAGCUGCUCCAGGGAGCUGCUCCAGAGGCUUCCUCUCUGCCCGCAGGGGAGGGGCUGCUGGCUGGGAGGUGCAGGAGGGCUGGGUGCCCUGGCACGUUGGCACACCCCACCUGAUGCUGAUUUCUUUUCGUUGUUGUUUUUAUUGAUGUAAGUUUCAUGCUGUCUCGAUUUGCCAACAGUGUUGUCUAGUUGGGAAAUAAAAGGGGAAGGCUUGGGGCUUGGGAUGGGGCAGGGGGGGUUGGGACAGGUACAAGUUCUGGGAGGGGCAUUAAUGAAUCCCUGGCUUGGGACAAGAAGCAGUUGCUGAAUUCAGUAACUUCUCCUUUGUCAGAACAGAGCCAAGAUGUGAAAUUCAAUCUGCAGUACUUUUUCUUUCUUUUGUUUCUAUUUUAUCCUCCUUUAUUUAACACAAACUCCCCCAGUGAACACUGUCAGAGGUUUCUCUCUUCCCGAGCAGCGCUUACAGGACGAAAAUCUGGCAGAAAUACCCACGGAGCCUGGCACUGGGGGCAGUGGUGUCCUGCUGCUUUGGCGAGAAGCUGCUCAUUUUAAGACCCUGUUCUGUUCCUUCACUUGUUCUUGCUUUCAUCAGCCUAGAGUGGCAAGGCCAAAAGCAGUGCCAGUGAUCGCUGACAUGAAAAACCAGGCGUGAGGAAAAGGCUGAGAGGCAUUAUUGAAACUGAGCAGCUGGAAUUGAGCCUAAAUUGCAGCAGUUGAGCUCAUUUCGACUUAGAGACGAAUGUACAAACCCUCCUCGCUCUGUACUGAUCGGCCUGAACCAAACUCUCACACAAAGGGCUUGAAUUUCGUGUCUGGAAGCGUGCAAGAGGUGCAGUUUGCUGUCACCGAGCCUCCGGCGGCCCCGGCACAGCCAUCGACUGCCUUGAUCGAGUUUUGUCCUUACUGUACAGAUGAGUGUGUUGGAAAUGCUUUGCAGCAUGGAGCUGCUGCUCCUGCCAGAGUGGCUGCAGCGUCGGUGGCAGCAGCUCACACACCCUGGGUGUUAAACUAAAAGGAGAAGUUCUUACGGGGUUGAACUCACACCGUCUGUAGUGUUGUUAAUGAUCUGCUAAUGGCUUCUUUGUUUGGGUCAGAGAAAUAAAUUGUGCCAAGAAAGUG